AUGUCAGCGGGACGCGAUCGUCGGGACGGCGAGUUUCGGUAUGUCCGGUCGUAUAUGGGACUUCCGCCCGGCCUCUCCGGUAGAGACAUGGCCCUACUCACGGUAUGUGGUGCCGUCAGGCGCGGACGCUCGACGCAGACCAGUACGCUGGUACGAUGCGGUGCAGAUGCGGCGCGGGACCGCCUGCCGAGGGAUGGAAGGCAGCGACGAGGAAAGAAAGGCAAAACGAGAGCCCAGCCUUGCCUCGAUUCGACCACGAAUGACAGGCUGAAGAAGGCCGCGGCGCGCAGAGUCAAGCCGGUAGAACCAGUCGCAGGCGAGACGACGGAUCGCGGCGUCGACUUGGGCACUGGCGACGAACGGCACGACAGAGACGGGUCUGUCUUCGGCGGGCAAACGAGUGACGGGGACUCAACGGUCUCGCGAUUCGUCGAGGACUGA